UAUUUCACAACUUAUACAAAUUCUAUUUCCUUCUAUUGCUUGAACAUAUUAGUCUUUUAGGUCGAUGCUGUCGCUGCAAUCAACUUCAAAACCAGGUCAUAUGGCUACUCUAAAUUUGUUUCUUGUGAUAAUGCUAAUGAAUAUAUUAGUCAGUGGAUGGAGUAUUGGAGUAGAUGGCCUGAGCAUGGGCUACUACUUAAUGACUUGUCCAUUUGCCGAUGGAAUUGUGAGAAAUACUGUCAAUAGGGCUCUGCAAUCUGAUCCCACUCUUGCUGCAGCCCUUAUUAGAAUGCAUUUCCAUGACUGUUUCAUUCAGGGAUGUGAUGCAUCAAUACUGAUUGAUUCUACAAAAGAUAACACUGCAGAAAAAGACUCCCCAGCCAAUUUGAGCUUGAGGGGUUACGAGAUAAUCGAUGAUGUGAAAGAACAACUGGAAGAGCAGUGUCCUGGUGCUGUCUCGUGCGCUGAUAUCGUUGCAAUGGCUGCCACCACAGCAGUUUUCUUCGCUGGAGGACCAUAUUAUGAUAUACCUAAAGGAAGAAAGGAUGGAAGGAGAUCAAGAAUAGAAGACACAAUCAAUCUGCCUGCACCCAGUUUGAAUGCUUCGGAGCUUAUCAGGAUGUUUGGUCAGCAUGGUUUCACUGCCCAAGAAAUGGUGGCUUUAUCUGGGGCUCACACUCUAGGAGUUGCAAGAUGCUCAUCAUUCAAGCGGAGAUUGAGUAACUUCGACUCCACUCAUGAUGUGGAUCCAACCAUAGACACGCAAUUUCUGAAAACAUUAUCCAAAACAUGUAGUGCAGGUGACAAUGCUGAGCAGCCCUUCGAUACAACAAGGAACAUUUUUGACAACGAUUACUACAAUCAAUUGCAAAGGAAAGCUGGGGUGCUUUUCUCCGAUCAAACUCUCUUUGUUAGUCCAAGAACUAAACCAAUUGUCGAUGGUUACUCUUUCAACCAAGCUAUGUUUUUCAUGGAUUUCCAGCAAGCCAUGCUGAAAAUGAGCUUGCUUGAUGUAAAAGAAGGCCCCAAAGGAGAGGUGAGGGCAAAUUGUCGCAAAAUCAACUGAUUCAGAUCCACCGACCGAGCUAUUUGUACAAAUACAUAUCAGAUUUUAAACAUGUUACGGGUUUUGACUGAUGUGUUGAUUAAGCUGCUUGUAUGACACUGUGUGACUUGUUUUAGAACUAGUUUAAAUUCCUACGUUUUCAUCUACCAUUUCAUUUUGUUUCA